AUGGCCGUGAACCGACCACGGAGCGUGAGCUCCACCGCUGGGGCCCUCCAGGCCGUGCCUGAGCUCCGGUUGCCCGGUCGGACGUUGGAGACCUCCGGGCUCGAGAUCUCGGAGCGAUCUCGGGCAUCCACGUGGGCACCAAGCUUCCGAUUUUACGAAUACUUGGAUGAGUGGCUCUUUCCUGUAGAGGAUUCCGAGGCCCACCGUGCAUGGACGACCAGCGGCGGCCGGCAGGCCUGGGUGGAGGAGGUGCAAGCCCAAGGCGGCUUCAGGAGUUGGCUUCUCGGGGAUGUGGUCCUGUCGGGCAUGAAGGAGAAGAACUACUUGCUGGGCUUGCGCUGGCUCUCCGGUGUCGCACCACGUGGGCCAGACACCGCGCAAAAGCGGAAGGAGGUGCAACGAGCGCGGUGCAUCGCCGAAGAGAUCGAGCUGGACAUGCACCGGACAUUCCCGGGUCACCCACGGGAGGCCGCACUGCAAAUGGCAGUGCGGGACGUCCUACGUAUGCUUUGCUGUGCCCGGAACACGGACGCAGGCUACACGCAGGGCUUGAAUUUCACUGCAGCCGCUCUCUGCUCUGUUAUGCCAAGGGACGAUGCUUUCUGGUGCCUAGCCGCCCUUUCUGAGCGGUUGGCCGGUCACUUCUUGAAGGGCGGGUCUUUGCAGGGAGUUUUGGUGGACUCAGACUGCAUUGAUUGGCUUCUUGGCCAGCUGGAUCCCAAAGGAGCUGCCGCACUCAGAGCAUUGCGAGGCUAUUCGCCAACGCUGCUCUACUCCAAGCCGUUAUGCACACUGCUGGCGGGCUGUGGCUUGCCAAUCGAUGCAGCCCUGCAGUGCUGGCAGGCAGUACUGGCUGCACCAAAUCCGCGGAUACUGAUGCUCCGGAUCCUGGCCGCUUUCGUCCUAGAAGUGGACUUGAAGGUCCUGCCCAGUCCAAGACAAGCAGCGGUUGAGGUGUCAGUGUUUCUCCAUGCAUUGCAGAAGUGCUUCCAGGCUACGUACGAUGCCAAGACCUUGGUGGCGGCGGCGGAGUACAGUGCCUUGACUAUCUCCGAUGUGGCGAUCCAGGAGGCCAUCCAGGCAGCUGAGGACCGCGUCCGUCAGCGUGCGGCCGAAGCCCGGGCGCGCCGAAGCCGCAGUGCUGCGGCACGCUUUCGCAGGCAGGCCGGCGGAGCUGUGCCGAAGCUGCUCGCCAACGUCCGGACGCUUUGCACCCAAGUCGGUGACGUGCAGGUCACGGAGGGGGAGUUCGUCGCUCAGCUGGGGACCUUGGCCUUGGAAGGGUCCACGGCCUCGGCGUUCUUCUCAGCUUUGUUUUCGGAUUUGGAUUUGGCCAAGACGGGCCGGGUACUUCAGAAGCAGGCCCUUAUCAGCCUGGCUUUGCUUCUGGAAGAUACACUCAGUGAUCGCGUCACCACGCUGUUGAUGAUGCUGGGCCAAGGAAGUGGGGUGGAUGGCAUCUCCCACGCCGAGUUCGCAGCACUGGUCCAAGCUCUUCAAGACGAGAAUACGGAGCGUGCUUGGGCCAUCUCUGAAGAUAUCGUGAAAGAUUGCGACUUGGACCAGAAAGCCUUCAUGCAGGCGCUGUUAGCACUACCGCCACUGGCACUCGAGACGAUGUCCCUGGACGCUACACCGAAGGCAAACUCCCAAAGCUCCUUCACCAGCGCCGGCACCUCCUUUGGGAGUUUGAUGGCACCAACUUGGGUGGCUAAUGGCGGCUUGAAUUGCCAGUCUUGCUCCGUCACCUUCACCUGCGUGCGGCGGCGGCAUCACUGUCGUGCAUGCGGGCGCCUGCUUUGCAACUCUUGCAGCCUCCAGCGAUUGCCACUGUCGAUCCUUGGCUACCUGCAGCCAGUUAGGGUUUGUGUGGAUUGCUGCUUCGUGCUGUGUCCAGGCCAGUCCUAA